UUCGGGAACAAAGCCUAAGACCGAAGUCCAAACGCCCAAACAGCAAAAUGCCUUCAGUUAGGAAGCCUGAAGCCCCUGCAGAAGUCCAGCUCAUGUCAAAUUCCGAGCUGGCAGUUGAGCUGAGGUCAAGGGGAGUAGAUGUUGGACCAAUAAUAGCAACAACUCGCAGAGUAUAUGAAAGGAAGCUUGCUGAAUUACUUCAAGGUGGACCUCUUGCUCAUGUCAGUUCUUCAGAAGAUGAAGAUGAAGAAAUGGAAGAUGAAACUUAUGAAGGAGAGGUCCUUGAAAGUGAGGAACCAGAAAUUGUACCGCCUUCAAAAUCAUCUGGGUACCAGUCAUCUAUUCGACCAAGACCUCACAUCAGAGAGAGUUACUCAAGUCAGGAAGCAGGCACGUACGCUAGCCGCUCAUACAGUGGAUCUGGUGUUGCUGCUGCACAGUCAUCAAAACCUAUGAAGAAGAAAGGAAUAUCUUUGGUGGCAAAGCUUGUAAUUUUGGUCAUAAUAGCUGUCUUUAUCUACCUGGUUGUAGUGAACAUGGAAGGCACUCGCCCAAAACCACAAACCCUAACACAAGACCCAGGGGUUGAAAAAGGAACAGAGACAUAGUUAAAAAAUGUUUGAAAAAUCUGGGGAAAAGUGCUCGCACACUUGGUUGUUGUCACAUUUACUUGAUUUAGCAUUUAAACAGCUAACCAUUGUUUCCUACUAAAUGUUUAGCACAUAACCCCAAAACAAUGCUUUCAGCUUUAGCAGUCCCAGUGCUGUGCAGUCCUGCUGUGAGCAGGAUGACAUUUUGUCAAAGUUAUUAUAGGUCUGUCAUAUUUUAUAUUGUCUGGGACCAUAAAUUAUUUAUCUGUAAUUACGUCUCACUUUUCUUCGUAUCAUGGUUUUCAUGAAAUUUCAGUUUGUAAAAAUGUUUUGAGUUAUUUCAUCUUUUUUUUUGUUCAUUAAUUUUUAUGUGUGUGGCUUACUGCCUCCAAUUUAAACUAAGGUGUUAACAGUAUAAGACAGCACCUGAGUAAAACAUACUUAAAUUGAAAGCAGAAUGUUCAAACUUUCUAAAAAGUAUCACACUUCCUUUUUCCGAAGAGAUUUCUCUCAAGCAGAACGCAUGACAAAAUGACAAUACUGAGCAAAUGGCUGGUAUGAAUAAAAGCAGCCGUCCUGAUAAUUUUAUCCAAUCAAACGGGAGGUUGGUAUCACAAAGCGCGACUUAAGCUGUGACGUAGCCUUUACCCAUUCGCUAUAUGAAGUGAUGGAUGGUAAUACUCAACUACUACAGAGCUGCCUACCCAUACGAUUUCAGCGUAUUUUAUACGCAGAUAGUGUUUAAAAUAUGCUAAUACUACGAAUAUUUAGAAAUUCAGUAGGCCUACAUGUACUGGAUAUCGUAUGAGGGAGAAAAGUAACCCCCUAACCCACUCUAUGGGAUCGGUAGUCUCCCCUGGUGUCUAAUGGUACGCCAGCGUCACUAUCCGCUUCCGUUGCGGAUGCGUAACACAUCAUCGUGGAAAUGGCGACCAAAAGGAGAACGUUAACUGAACCUCCAGCUCACACCUCUAAAAAUAACGAAACUGGUCAGAAAAACUUGGAAUCCUAUUCAGCUUAUCCGGGCGGAAUCCUAUUCAACUUAUCCGGGCACUCCGCGAUAAGUCAUCUGGCUAACAAACAAAUUUCAAAGGUAAUCUCGCCUAUAACAACAUACCUGCCUCAACAGAAUUUAGGCCAGAGCGGUCUGAUAAAAGCAGAGACUCUGAUGACGGAAUGAACUUGUCACUUACAGCAGCAGGCACACUAAACCUGGUGGUAAAACAAGCCUUCCCAGAUUUUACAAUGGCAAACAAAUAUCAUUGUGGUAGAAGUACCGUUGGGUUUAUUCAUGAAAUGCGCCCAAAUAAUGACAAAACACCUCCCCCCCCAAAAAAAAAUAUCCCUGGAUAUGCCCCUGCCUCGUCAUCUCCAGUCUUAUUAUAUGGAUUGCAAAGCGUGAUUAAUCUCGAUUAAGUUGUCUGGGGAUCCAGGUUCAAGCAAAAAAAAGCCGUGAGAACAAAUACAUUUACCGGUGAGUGGGAAGGUCACCAGGAACCUGUGUAAAUUCUUGGUUUUCCUCUAACCGACCCUGGCACAGCCAUCGCAAAUGAAAUAAUCUUGAGGACGUUGACAACAAAUCAUUUAAGAAAAAAUUCAGCAUGAUAGGCUUGAUCUGACCAAAAAGCCAUUGGGCUCAUUCUGGUGUAUGCUUCGCCGAGUGUGAAAGGGGUGUUUAUAUAGGCCUAUUGGAAAAUAAACUACACUCAAACUGUGAAUUUUACACCUAAAAUCAGAUUUCGUUAAACAUUUGAUUCAUUAGGGGUAGGCAGCUCUGCUACUACAUAAGACAUCAUUUUGAGAUCGUUUGCAUUGAUUUAGUGACAUGUAACUGAAGGGCCAUUUCACAAAGUUGUGUGGUACAGGUUUGCGACGGUGAAGAAAUUGUCAGAUAGUUGCAUAUUGUCUCGACCCAAACCACAUUCAUCUUCCAAUAGGCCCCAUUUAUUGGUGGUGUUCAUAAUAUACAGAUACAUAUAUUAUUGUUUUGUUCAUACGUGUUCUCUUGCUUGGUAUAGCGCAAAGGUUAACAGCUCUUCAUGGUGCUAUUAAUAUGGACGGUCUGAAUUAUUGGUUUCUUUCAGAUGAAGCUCAUGUGAAUUUCAUUUCAGGUUCUGUCUUGCCAAAUUAUUGUGACAAUUUUCUUUUUGUCUGCAGUGCCAUAUUUACCUUAUUUCCAUGAACUGUAAUAUAUCAUAUAUAGGAAGAAUUACUGUCAUUUGGAAUAUGUUUGGAAAAUACUAAAAAUUAAAAAGUGCUUGAAAACUACCGGUAUGUCAUGACAGUUCAGCCCCCAGCUGUAGAUACGAAAUUUCCAUUAUUGUUUUUCUUCUGGUCCCGAAGAUGAUGUAAGAUGGUGUAUUUUGAGGAUUAAAUCAGACAAUUGAUACUACAUUGUAUUUUGUUACAGUUUGUUUCAACAUGGGAGUAGUUAACUUGC